UCGCGCCCCAAGUUUUAGGGGCUGUUUGGUUUGGCGUCUACGGCGCCACACCGCGCCUAACCUGCGGCGGCCGAUUCGGCCGCCACACCUGCGGCGCACGAUGUGUGGCGCGGUGUGGCGCCGCAGGCGCCAAACCAAACACGCCCUUAAAGCCACGCACCAACCUUUCCUCCUAGAUCCCUCAGAACCCCUCCGGUUCACCACGACCCCUGCCUGCUACUGCAAUGGUGACCAGGAGGCUGCCCCUGAGCUCCCUCUUCCAUGGCAAGGCAAGGGACACCUCGCCCUCGCGGCCUCCUCCCGCUACCUGGCCGUGGCCGUCCAGCAAAAACCCGUGCACGCAGUCCGCCCGCGCCGCGCAGCCGCCGGCGGGCGCCAGGACCACCGUCGCCUCCAUCGUCCUCGACUCCGCCGAGUCCUCCUUCACGGCCUCCUCCGCGAGGCAGGACUGCUCCGACAGCCUCUCCACGGCGUCCGACGCGUCGGCGUCGGCGCCGGUGGCGGCGUGCGACGACGAGGCGGACGACGCCGUCGUGCGGGGGAUCCGCUCCGACCGUCUCCUCUUCGACCCGGGCGCGUCGGCCACGAGCUCCAUCCUCGAGGAGAAGUCCGGGUGCGCGGGCGCUCGCGGCGGCGGCGUCGGCGACGAGGAGGCGUUCGGCGACGCCGUGGCGGUCGCGUUCGAGUCGGCGGACCCCUACGAGGACUUCCGGGCGUCCAUGGAGGAGAUGGUGGCCGCGUACGGCGUCGGCGACUGGGGCUGGCUCGAGGAGAUGCUGGGGUGGUACCUCCGCGCCAACGACAGGGACAUGCACUGCGCCAUCGUGGCGGCGUUCAUCGACGUCGUCGUCGCCAUAUCCGACCCAGCUCGCGAGGCGUGCUCUUCCCAAAGCUCUUCCUGUACGUUUGCGGCGGGUGAGCUGGAGGAGGCGGAGAGGGGUAGUAAACCUGCUGGGGUACUCACCGUGUGAUGAGCUCGGUUGUCCUUGGAUUAUUGAGCUGAACCAACCUUCGUAGUCGUUUGGCUGGCGUACGUGAUCUCAUCGUGCUAAAAUGGUAGAGUUAUAUAGCGUGUAUUAGACUAGGUUUACUGCCUUACUGGAUGAUCAGCCUAUGCUUGUUAGUCUUAGUUGUGAACUCAUGCGCUAUUCAGAUUAACACACUUUGCAUGAGCUGCCUAUACAUCUGUGAAACAGAAACAUGAGGGCGGCAGGGCUCAAAGCAUUCUGGACUCUGAAUGAUCAUGAGUUCAUGGCGACCGAGUAAAAAGGUUAAGGUAGAUGCAUAUGGCGACCGGUACUAGUGCUGGACUGCUGGCCGUACAUGGUGCCCGUAGAUCACUGAUCUCUGGGUUGUCUGACUAGCGUCUAAGCUAUCAAUGAUUACGAUGUAAUAGGUCUAGUGGUACCAAUGUGCCAUACCCAUACGUACAUGUCAGCAUGUCA